GUAAACAAAAAGAGGUACUAUAAAAAAGGAGGGAUGCUUUCAUCGUUUCAAAUAAAGGUGUUUUCAAUAUAAAUAUGCCUUGAAAAAAUUUCAUUUUUCUUUCUUUUUUCAUUUUCCUAAAAUGACUUCGCAGAGUGGUACAGUUAUUCAUCUUGGCCCAAAAGAAACAUAUGAACGCUCUUAUUCACCACUUGUUGACGAAAAUGGUGCUCCUUUGUCGCCACCUCUAUCGCCCAACCAAGAAGUGUGGCGACUCUCGAUUCCUAUGACAAAGAAACUGCCUGAAGAACCGAUCAUUGCUUAUUGCUAUCAGCCUUAUUUACUGAAAGCAUUACCACCUGUUCCUUACCCAAGUUGUACAAAUAAUUGCGAACGACAAACACCAACACCAGUUGCACAAGGACGACAUCACGGUCGUAGCGUAUCUCAGAUGAUAGUGAUGCCAUCACCUUCCGUGGAGGGUUAUCAUAACCGCCCACAGUCUUGUUCUUUACCCUCCGCAACACAAGAGCCCCCCACUACAACGUCUGUGCCACGGAAAUUACCUGUAUUUGGACCUGCUCCAGCUAACGAUGAGGAUUAUCUUAGAACGUCUCCAGAAUCAAAAGAACUACCGCCUCAAAAUAAAUCUGCACGUCAAAUUGUUGUGAAAUCGAUUGAUGAUGAGCACCGUGUCUGGAUUACAGUAGACCCAAAAGAAACAGGAAAAUCACUCGCCAAGAAAAUAUAUACACUUGCUUCAUUUAGAACACAUAAAGUAUUAGGGAUCAAAACCGCUUCUGGACGACAAGUGAUGUUGGAUAAAUCACCACUGUUUGAAAACUGGCAAGAUAUGGAUGAUUUUAAUAAUGGAGAAACAUGGAGUAUCACUUGGGGAACACGAAAAAGGUCGUUACUUGAUAGGUUCCUUUCCAAACUCUUAAAGUUAUAACAUCUCAUUUUUAAUGUAUUUAAAGUUUGGCUUUUUAUGGGUACACACACACACACACACACACAAAAACGACUUUGAUGGUUGUUUAUAUGCUUAUUACAUUUUAAUAAAUUAAUAGAC